AUGUCCGAUAUUAAUACAGAAGCAUUUUUAAAGGAAGUUGAUGCUUUAUACAAUUCACAAAAUAAAACGAGAAAAGAACAAGCAGAUAAUUGGUUACAGGCUUUUCAAAAAACGUCUGAAGCUUGGUCGAUAUCAAAUUACCUAUUAAGAGAACACCAGGAUCCUCAAGUACUUAUUGAGGCGCGCUAUUUCUGUGCUAGGACUUUAAGACAAAAAAUAACUCUUGACCUACAUCAACUUGACUCGAAUGCCCGUAUUUCACUCCGUGAUUCACUCCUAGAACUUCUUUACCAAUAUCGAUCUGGUCCUCGUAAUGUGAUUACUCAACUAUGCUUAUCUAUCGCUGCAUUGGCUCUCCAAAUGCAAGAUUGGAAAAAUGUAACACAUCAGGUUGCUGAAUUUUAUGGAAAAAAUCCCGAAACUAUAUUAUGUCUACUUGAAUUUCUAAAAAUUUUACCUGAAGAAGUCUAUACAAAUAAUCGUAUACCCAUAUCGGAUCACGAGUUUAGAAUUAGGGCAAAAGAAUUAUUGACAGAUAACGCCAAUGAAGUUUUACAAACACUUUUAAUUUAUUUACAAAAUUUGGGUACAUCGACCGAAUAUCAAGUAAAAGUAUUUGAGUGUUUGUUAAGUUGGAUAGAUUCAGGAGAUAUUCCGGUAACGGCUUUAGAAUCAAAUCCAUUUCUAGCCAUUUCAUUUGAAGCAUUACAGUCAGAUGAACUUUAUGAUAUUGCCGUUGAUCUCGUAUGUCAAAUCAUACAUGAAAGUGGUGGAAUUCCCGAAUCAAUGACCUUAAUCGAACAAAUAUAUCCUCGUUUGUUACCAUUAAGAGAGUCGUUGAAACGAGCAAUGUUAGACGAGGAUGAUGAUAAAGUUAGAGGAUAUUGUCGUAUUUUUACUCAAGCCGGCGAGUCUUAUCUUCAAUUAAUCGUUCAACAUUCUGACGCUUUUCAAAGUAUAGUUGAGAGUAUUGCCGAAUGUACUACCUAUCAUGAUACAGAAAUUGUUAGAAUAACUUUUUAUUUUUGGCAUAUGUUGGCCGAUACUUUAUACGAGCCUAGACAUGCGGACAUUAAACAUAAAUUUAAAAAUAUCUAUUCUGCUCUAGUUAAUGUCAUGAUUAAACAUUUACACUACCCUAACGAUCUUUCAAGUUGGACAGCAGAGAAACGUGACGAGUUUCGUGAAUUUCGACAUGUAAUGGGCGAUGUACUUAAAGAUAGUUGCCUUAUUGCUGGCUCUCAGGAAUGUCUAUCAAAACCAUAUAAUAUCUUGACUUCUCACAUUUCUGGGAAUGCCAUUAAUGGUUGUGCUGCAGAAUGGCAAGAGAUUGAGGCACCUUUGUUUUCUUUAAGAGCAAUGGGUUCGGAAGUUGAGGAUGAGGAAAGUGUUGUCUUACCACAAAUUAUGCAACUCCUACAACAAUUACCUAAUCAUCCAAAAAUUCGGUAUGCUGCUACUCUGGUCAUUGCCCGAUAUUCUCAUUGGACUAGAAGACAUCCCGAGUUCAUACCUUUUCAAUUGAAUUUCAUUUCUUCUGGAAUCGAACAUGAGGAAGUUUCUGCUGCUUCUUCUUUAGCAUUGAAAUAUUUAUCCAAAGAUUGUAGUGGACUUUUAAUAGAAUUUCUGCCGCAACUUCAUAUAUUCUAUCUUAAUGUAACAAAUACUCUUCACGGAAUAGAUUUAUUUGAGGUCACUGAGGCAGUGGCAUAUGUGAUUGCAGCAGUGCAACCGUCAGAUUUGUUGAAGUAUUUGCAGAUGUUCUGUCUUCCAAUUGCACAAAAAUUGCAUGAAUUUGCUAAUAAGUAUACGAAUGGGGCCUCUUCAAUAAAUGAUAAAGAAAUUCGUGAAGCAUGUGAUAAACUGGAACAAGUAUCAUUAAUCAUUCGUACUAUCGCCGAACGUCAAGAAGAAUCAAACAAUGCAGAGGUCACGAAUUUACAAGUUCACCCAUCUAUUGCCAUAAUACAAGAAUUGUGGCCUGUAAUUGAUCUUUUAUUGGUACAUUUUGGUGACAAUCCUCAAUUGUCAGAAAGUAUUUGUAAAUGUUUCAAAUACUGUGUGGUUUCAUAUCGUGUCUACUUUCGACCAUUGCUGCCGGAACUUAUUGAACGAUUGGUUACCACAUUUGAUAAAACUGGAUUAAGUUGUUAUUUAUGGGUUGCAACAAAAUGUGUACGUGAACAUACAGAUGGCGAAGGGACUGCUGCUACAUUGGCAUUGUUAUCAUUUGUUCAACGGUUAAGUGUUUCUAUGUUUAAGUUUCUUAGUGAAAAGAAAUUAGAAGAUAUUCCAGAUGUGAUUGAGGAUUAUUUCAGAAUGUUAAUCGCAUUUGUUGAUUGUGCACCAUUCACUUUUUCAAGUUCAAGAAUUCUUCCAACAGUUGUACAGGCAGGCUUAACAAGUUUAACAUUAGAACAACAUGAUGCAUUAUUUUCAAUCAUUACAUUUUUUAAUAAAUUUCUAGCAUUUACUGUCGAACUAAAGCAACAACAACAAGGCGGUGGUGCUAAUAAUAUAAGAAGUGGAGUAUUACAAUCCACCAACUUAUCACAGAAUCCACCAAUUACACCCACUACACCUACUACAACUACACAACAAUCAUCGGAAUCAACCACUGCCGCUUUACUAACACUUGAAACAUUAUUUAAUCAAUUUGGUUUACAAUUAGUUUCAUCAAUGUUUAAAGGUCUUUUAUACACAUUUCCUAGAGAUUUACAACCAGAUUGUCAUGAAAUCAUUAAAUCAUUGGCUAGAUUAUUUCCGUUAGAGUGUCAACAAUGGAUAAUAGAAUCUGCUCAACAGUUACAGGAUGCUAAUUUAACAAUAGAUCAAAAAAAUAUGUUUAUAAGAGAUGCUAAUAUAGCUAUCCAAGAACAAGAUUGGAAUAAAUUAAGAAUAGCCAUAAAUGAUUUUGUUGCAAUUUUUAGAAGAAGAAACUUGGGAUCUAGGGAAAGACGAACAUUAGAAGAAGUUUUAAAGAAAAGAUUUUUUUACGCGCCUUCUUUUCAAAUAUAUGGUGGUGUUGGUGGGCUUUAUGACUAUGGACCGGCAGGUUGUGCUUUACAAACUAAUAUACUUGAUAUAUGGCGAAAACAUUUUGUUCUAGAGGAAGAUAUGUUGGAAAUGGAUGGUAGUAUUAUGACUUUGGCAGAUGUAUUGAAAACUUCUGGACAUGUUGAUAAGUUUACAGAUUGGAUGACUAAAGAUGUCAAGACUGGUGAUAUUUUUCGUGCAGAUCAUUUGAUUGAAAAUGUUUUGGAGAAAAGAUUGAUAGAUGAUAAACAGUUGAAAGCUGUUGAUAGUGUUGUAGUUGGUGAUGAUCGUGGUGCUGUAGUUGGUGAUGAUUGUGGUGCUGUAGUUGGUGAUGAUCGUGGUGCUGUAGUUGGUGAUGAUCGUGGUGCUGUAGUUGGUGAUGAUCGUGAAUCUGUUAAAAAUGAAUAUGAAGGAAUAUUGGCAAAAAUAGAUAAUUAUACUGGACCAGAACUUGGAGAAAUUAUACGUAAACACAAUAUUAAAAGCCCAGAAACAAAUAAUGAUUUAUCUGAACCUGUAGAGUUUAAUUUAAUGUUCGAAACCAGUAUUGGGCCUACUGGUCAUCUCAAAGGAAAUGAGAUUAGCCCCAGAUCUGGUCUUCUUAGAGUCAGAGAAUUUACUAUGGCAGAAAUAGAACAUUACGUUGAUCCUGACAAAAAAGAUCACGCACGUUUUGAUGAAGUAAAAGACAUUAAGCUUCGAUUAUUGCCUCAGUCAAUACAGGAAGAGGGCAAAUUAGAACCUAUUGAGAUGAGUAUUGGUGAAGCAAAAAUAGUUGAUAAUCAGACACUAGGUUAUUUUCUUGCAAGGAUACAUUUGUUUUUACUCAAACUUGGAAUAAAAUAUGAAAAACUUCGUUUUCGUCAACAUAUGCCAAAUGAGAUGGCACAUUAUGCCUGUGAUUGUUGGGAUGCAGAAAUUCAAAGUAGCUAUGGAUGGAUUGAAUGUGUUGGAUGUGCAGAUCGUUCAGCAUAUGAUUUAACAGUUCAUUCGAAUCGUACCAAAGAAAAACUUGUGGUGCGGGAAAGUUUACAAACACCAAUAGUUUAUGAGAAGACAAUUUUGGAAAUAAACAAAAAAGUGUUUGGGCCCAAAUUUCGACAAAAAUCCAAAAUUGUUGAAGAAUAUUUGGUAGGAUUAAAUGAUAUUGAACUUGACAACUUGAAAAAAGCAUUAGAUGAUGGUGAUGGAAAAACUAAUGUUACUGUUGGAACUGAUGGUGAUACAUAUGAAAUUACAAGUGAUUUAGUCACCAUUAGCCGUCAAACAAUCACAGAGCAUGUUAGGGAGUAUACACCAAAUGUGAUUGAACCAUCAUUUGGUAUUGGACGUAUAUUAUACUCAUUGAUUGAACAUGUGUUUUGGACACGAGAAGGUGAUGAACAAAGAUCAGUAUUAUCUUUUCCUCCACGUGUUGCACCAUUUAAAUGUCUGUUGGUACCAUUAAGUAACAAUCCAGCAUUUUCUGAACUUGUUCGUGACAUUUCCAACAAACUUCGAAAGUUGGGUAUUUCAAUAAAAGUUGAUGACUCAUCCAACUCAAUUGGAAGACGUUAUUCUCGUAAUGAUGAGCUUGGUACACCAUUUGCUAUAACUAUAGAUUUUCAAUCAGUUAAAGAUGGUACAACGACAUUACGAGAACGUGAUACUACCAAGCAAAUCAGAACAGAGACAAGCGAUAUACUUCAACUUCUUAAGGGAUUAUUAGAAGAAGAAAAAACAUGGGAUGAGGUUGUAUCAAGAUAUGUUGAAAUAUCAUGUGAUUCAAUUAAGAAUCACCAAAGCUCCAAACGGGAAAAUGCUGUAAUGGAUGAAUGGAGGAGUCCAGUAAGAAUUUAUGAACAUGUUUGGCAAGAAUUCAAUAAUCCUGUUCAGAUUCAUUCACAAGUUCUUUCAGGAUUUAUAUUGAGUUUGCAUGAUAUUUUUAAUGAAUAG